AUGUCGGCUGGCCUAGCGACAGAGCCUGCUGUUGAACCAAAAAGGGUUGUAAUCCAGAGGAUGAUUGAGUCUUAUAUUCUAACACCUGCCAGCAGCAGCUCUACGGAAUUCCACCACUUCCAGGAGCUUCCCGCAGAACUCCGCUGCCAGAUAUGGGCUCACGCAUUGCCCCCGAUCGAUCCAAAACCGGUAGGAAGGCGCUACACAAAGGGUCUCUGGCGCAAGAAGCACCUCACGGCUGCCGACGAGGCGUACAAUCCCGACGGGCCCAACGAAUGCGUCGUGUUCGACUAUAAGAGGCUCAAACGGCACCAUGUCGAAGUCGAGUUCGCUGAUGUGAACCGCGAAGCUCGACAGAUUACACUCCGCUGGGCACUCAAACAUGGCCUCGAGAUCUCUCACGCCUCCGGGAGAGGAAAGGUCUUCGUCAAGUCCUUCGACCCGGAGACUGAUGUGCUCUAUGUCGACAACGACCUCUGGCGUAAUUUCUUCGAGGGGUUAACUUUCGAGUUUGAAUAUGGUGCCUCUCAUAUCUUCGAGCCCAUGAUUCCCCUGUUCCCAUACAUCACCCAGCUCUUCGUCGGGGAUUCGCUGUUUCUACAAGUCAUCGUCGAGAUCCUCACAGUACUUGAACAUCUUCACACCUUGACGGCGUUCUAUCUCCUUCUCUCUCGUCCUAGAGCCUUCCCAAGAGGAAUGGCCUACAUGCUGGGUCUGCAGGAUCUCAUUCCGAUUAAAGGCACUACAAGAUUUACUUGGCACCUGGAGCACGAGGAAUUCCGCCUUCACGGAAGCCCAGAGCCUGGCCGCGAGGCUCAAAUGUUUGCGUUCUUAUGGUCAGUUGGCAACAAACUUAAAGCCAAAUUCAUUGAGGACCGCAAACAGAAAUUUGAGAUGGCUACAACUAAACCCUACGGUGUCAUACCUUUCCCUGAUGACAUGAAAUAG